AUGGGGUCCCCAAGCCGGGCCUUUCUAUCGGGCUGUAGUUCCGACUCCCUCGGGCCCCCACCCAAGGCCACUCAAGGCUGGCGGGAGCGCACCGUCACCUGCACAGGGGGAGAGCGAGCCCCGGGACCGCGGGGGCUGCACAGGGUCGGCGGAGGGCCCCGGAGCGGUCCGGCUCCCGCGGGGCAGGCGCCCUGGGCUGAGCCGGCCGGGCCGUGGUGCGGCCUGACUUCCCGCCGCAGCGCCCGCCCCCGGGCCGCCGGGAGGUGCCCGAAGUUAGGGAAACAAAGAGCGGAGGCGCGGGCUGGGAAGGGCCGCCGGGGUACCGGGGCGCGGGGAGGGCGCGACCCCACAGCCUGGCCCCGGGCCAGCAGGUGCCCCUUCCCGGGCCGGCGCGCCGGGGUCCGAAGGGUUAAGGCCGGCGGCCGCCCCUCCCCGGGCGCGGGGCUCGGGCGCCCGGGCGGGCCGGGGCGGGGCCUGGCGUCCGCGGGCGGGGCGAGCCGAGCGGCCGCCGCACUCCGCCGGGCUCCCGCGGCGCCGAGGUCCCGGAGCGAAGAUGGCGAGGCCGGGCGCGCGGCGGGGCGCGGGGGGCGCGGGGGGCGCGGGGGGGGCGCACGGGCCGGGGGCGCGCUGCUGCUGGCGGGCCUGGCGCUGCUGGGCGCGGCGCGGGCGCGGGCGGCGGCGGGCGGCGACCUCAGCCUGCACCCGCCCUACUUCAACCUGGCCGAGGGCGCCCGCAUCUCCGCGUCGGCCACCUGCGGGGAGGAGGCCUCGGCGCGCGGCGCCCCGCGCCCCACCGAGGACCUCUACUGCAAGCUGGUGGGCGGCCCGGUGGCCGGCGGGGACCCCAACCAGACCAUCCAGGGCCAGUACUGCGACAUCUGCACAGCCGCGAACAGCAACAGGGCGCACCCCGUGAGCAAUGCCAUCGACGGCACGGAGCGCUGGUGGCAGAGCCCGCCACUGUCCCGGGGACUGGAGUACAACGAGGUCAACGUCACGCUGGACCUGGGCCAGGUCUUCCACGUGGCCUAUGUGCUCAUCAAGUUCGCCAACUCGCCUCGGCCGGACCUCUGGGUGCUGGAGCGGUCCACGGACUUCGGCCGCACCUACCAGCCGUGGCAGUUCUUCGCCUCCUCCAAGAGGGACUGCUUGGAGCGGUUCGGGCCACAGACGCUGGAGCGCAUCACGCGGGACGACCACGUCAUCUGCUCCACCGAGUACUCCCGGAUCGUGCCCCUGGAGAACGGCGAGAUCGUGGUGUCCCUGGUGAACGGGCGCCCAGGGGCCAUGAACUUCUCCUACUCGCCGCUGCUACGAGACUUCACCAAAGCCACCAACAUCCGCCUGCGCUUCCUGCGCACCAACACGCUGCUGGGCCACCUCAUGGGCAAGGCGCUACGGGACCCCACCGUCACCCGGCGGUACUAUUACAGCAUCAAGGACAUCAGCAUCGGCGGCCGCUGUGUGUGCCACGGCCACGCGGACGUGUGCGACGCCCAGGACCCCGCAGACCCCUUCCGGCUUCAGUGUGCCUGUCAGCACAACACGUGUGGAGGCUCCUGUGACCGUUGCUGCCCCGGCUUCAACCAGCGGCCGUGGAAGCCGGCCACCACCGACAGUGCCAACGAGUGCCAGUCCUGCAACUGCCAUGGCCACGCCCACGACUGCUUCUAUGACCCCGAGGUGGACCGGCGCAACGCCAGCCAGAACCAGGACAACGUGUACCAGGGCGGCGGCGUGUGCAUCGACUGCCAGCAUCACACCACCGGCAUCAACUGUGAACGCUGCCUGCCCGGCUUCUACCGGGCCCCGGACCACCCCCUCGACUCUCCCCACGCUUGCCGCCGCUGCAACUGCGAGUCGGACUUCACGGACGGGACGUGCGAGGACCUGACCGGCCGCUGCUACUGCCGCCCCAACUUCACGGGGGAGCGUUGUGACGUCUGCGCCGAGGGCUUCACUGGCUUCCCGCACUGCUACCCGGUGCCCUCCUUCUCCCCCAACGACACCGGGGAGCAGGUGCUGCCGGCCGGACAGAUCGUGAACUGUGACUGCAGCGCCGCCGGGACCCAGGGCAACGCCUGCCGCCAGGACCCGCGGCUGGGACGCUGCGUGUGCAAACCCGGCUUCCAGGGCACCCACUGCGAGCUCUGCGCCCCGGGCUUCUACGGCCCCGGCUGCCAGCCGUGCCAGUGUUCCAGCCCCGGAGUGGCGGACGGGGACUGUGACCGGGACUCGGGCCGGUGCACCUGCCGGGAGGGCUUCGAGGGCGCCGCGUGUGACCGCUGUGCACCGGGCUACUUCCACUUCCCUCUCUGCCAGCUGUGUGGCUGCAGCCCUGCGGGGACCCUGCCCGAGGGCUGUGACGAGGCUGGCCGCUGCCCCUGCCGGCCGGAGUUCGACGGCCCUCACUGUGACCGCUGCCGCCCGGGCCACCACGGCUACCCCGACUGUCGCGCCUGCACCUGCGACCCACGGGGUGCCCUGGACCAGCUGUGUGGGGCAGGCGGGACGUGCCACUGCCGCGCUGGCUACACGGGUGCCGCCUGCCAGGAGUGCAGCCCCGGCUUCCACGGCUUCCCCGACUGCACCCCCUGCCGCUGCUCCGCCGAGGGGUCCCUGCACGCAUCCUGUGACCCCCGCAGCGGGCAGUGCAGCUGCCGGCCCGGUGUGACGGGGCUGCGAUGUGACACGUGUGUGCCUGGCGCCUACAACUUCCCCUACUGCGAAGCUGGCUCCUGCCACCCUGCCGGCCUGGCCCCGGCUGGCCACCGCCUUCCCGAGGCGCAGGUGCCCUGUACGUGCCGGGCCCACGUGGAGGGGCCGAGCUGCGAUCGUUGUAAACCCGGGUUCUGGGGGCUGAGUCCCGAGAACCCCGAGGGCUGCACCCGCUGCAACUGUGAUCCUCGGGGCACGCUGGGCGGACUUACCGAGUGCCAGCCGGGCGACGGCCAGUGCUCUUGCAAGCCUCACGUGUGCGGCCAGACCUGCGCGGCCUGCCGGGACGGCUUCUUCGGGCUGGACCGGGCUGACUACUUCGGCUGCCACAGCUGCCGGUGCGACGUUGGCGGUGCGCUGGGCCAGGGCUGCGACCCGAGGACCGGCGCCUGCCGGUGCCGCCCCAACACCCAGGGCCUCACCUGCAGCGAGCCGGCGCGAGACCACUACCUGCCUGACCUGCACGACAUGCGUCUGGAGCUGGAGGAGGCGACCACGCCCCAGGGCCACACCGUGCGCUUCGGCUUCAACCCCCUGGAGUUCGAGAGCUUCAGCUGGAGGGGCUACGCGCAGAUGACGCCCAUCCAGCCCCGGAUCGUGGCAAAGCUGAACGUGACCUCCCCUGACCUCUUCCGGCUGGUCUUCCGCUAUGUCAACCGGGGGCCCGUGAGUGUGAGUGGGCGAGUGUCGGUGCAAGAGGAGGGCAAGUUUGCCACGUGUACCAACUGCACAGAGCAGAGCCAGCUCGUCACCUUCCCGCCCAGCACGGAGCCUGCCUUUGUCACCGUGCCCCAGAGGGGCUUUGGGGAGCCCUUCGUGCUGAACCCUGGCACCUGGGCUCUGGUCGUGGAGGCCGAAGGGGUUCUCCUGGACUACGUGGUGCUGCUGCCCAGCACGUACUACGAGGCAGCCAUCCUGCAGCUGCGUGUGGCUGAGGCCUGCACGUUCCGGCCUGCCGCCCAGCGCUCCGGGAACAACUGCCUCCUCUACACCCACCUGCCCCUGGAUGGCUUCCCCUCAGCGGCAGGACCCGAGGCCUUGUGUCGUCACGACAACAGCCUACCCCGGCCUUGCCCCACGGAGCAGCUCAGCCCCUCACAUCCGCCACUGGCCGCCUGCCUGGGCAGUGAUGUGGACGUCCAGCUCCAGGUGGCAGUGCCACAGCCAGGCCGCUACGCCCUGGUGGUGGAGUAUGCCAAUGAGGACGCCCCCCAGGAGGUGGGCACAGCCGUGCACACGCCCCAGCGGGCCCCCCAGCAGGGAACACUCACUUUCCACCACUGCCCUUACAGCGCCCUGUGCCGGGCCACAGCCCUGGACGCCCAGCACCACCUGGCGGUCUUCCACCUGGACACGGAGGCCAGCGUCCGGCUCACGGCCGAGCAGGCCCGCUUCUUCCUGCACAGCGUCACCUUGGUGCCCGUGGAGACGUUCAGCAUGGAGUUCGUGCAGCCCCGGGUCCACUGUGUCAGCGCUCACGGCACCUUCAGCCCCAGCAGCGCCUCCUGCCUGCUGUCUCGCUUCCCGAAGCCGCCCCGGCCCAUCAUCCUCAGGGACUGCCAGGUGCUGCCGCUGCCACCCGGCCUCCCGCUGACCCACUCGCAGGACCUGACGCCCGGCGCACCCCCGGCGGGGCCCCAGCCUCGGCCCCCCACGGCCGUGGACCCCGAGGCGGAGCCCACGCUGCUGCGCCACCCCCAGGGCACUGUGGUCCUCGCCACGCACGUGCCGGCCCUGGGCCGCUACGCCUUCCUGCUGCACGGCUACCAGCCGGACCACCCCACCUUCCCCGUGGAGGUCCUCGUCAGCGGCGGCCGAGUCUGGCAGGGCCAUGCCAACGCCAGCUUCUGCCCACACGGCUACGGCUGCCGCACCCUGGUGGUCUGUGAAGGCCAGACGGUGCUGGACGUGACCGACAGCGAGCUCACCGUGACCCUGCGUGUGCCCGAGGGCCGGUGGCUCUGGUUGGAGUAUGUGUUGGUGGUCCCCGAGGAGGCCUAUAGCUCCAGCUAUCUCCGAGAGGAGCCCCUGGACAAAUCCUAUGACUUCAUCAGCCAGUGUGCCACCCAUGGGUACCACAUCAGCCCCUUCAGCUCGUCCCAGUUCUGUCGCGACGCUGCCUCUUCCCUGUCUCUCUACUAUAACAACGGGGCUCGGCCUUGUGGCUGCCACGAGAUGGGCGCCACGGGACCCACGUGCGAGCCCUUUGGGGGCCAGUGUCCCUGCCGAGCCCACGUCAUCGGCCGGGACUGCUCCCGCUGUGCCACCGGCUACUGGGGCUUCCCCAGCUGCAGGCCCUGUGAGUGCCGAGGCCGUCUGUGCGACGAGCUCACGGGCCGCUGUGUGUGCCCGCCACGCACCAUCCCGCCCGACUGCGUCGUGUGCCAGCCCCAGACCUUCGGCUGCCACCCCCUGGUGGGCUGUGAGGAGUGUAACUGCUCGGGGCCCGGUGUCCAGGAGCUCACGGACCCCACCUGUGACGUGGACAGUGGCCAGUGCAAGUGCAGACCCAACGUGGCCGGACGCCGCUGUGACACGUGUGCCCCCGGCUUCCACGGCUACCCCAGCUGCCGGCCCUGCGACUGCCACGAAGCUGGCUCCAUGCCCAGCAUGUGCGACCCCCUCACGGGCCAGUGCCACUGCAAGGAGAACGUGCAGGGCCCGCGGUGUGACCAGUGCCGCCUCGGGACCUUCUCCCUCGAUGCCGCCAACCCGAAAGGCUGUACCCGCUGCUUCUGCUUCGGGGCCACGGAGCGCUGCCGGAGCUCGGCCCUCGCCCGUCGGGAGCUGGUGGACAUGGAGGGCUGGACGCUGCUCAGCAGUGACCGGCAGGUGGUUCCCCACGAGCUGCGCGCGGAGGCAGAACUGCUCUACGCUGACUUGCGGCGCGGGUUCGAGGCCUUCCCUGAGCUGUACUGGCAGGCCCCACCCUCCUACCUGGGGGACAGGGUGUCAUCCUAUGGCGGAACCCUCCGCUAUGAGCUGCACUCGGAGACCCAGCGCGGAGAUGUGUUCAUCCCCAGGGAAAGCAGGCCGGACGUGGUGCUGCAGGGCAACCAGAUGAGCAUCACGUUCCUGGAGCCGGUGUACCCGGCGCCCGGCCACGUUCACCGGGGACAGCUGCAGCUGGUGGAGGGGAACUUCCGACACACGGAGACCCACAACGCCGUGUCCCGCGAGGAGCUCAUGAUGGUGCUGGCGGGCCUGGAGCAGCUGCACAUCCGCGCCCUCUUCUCCCAGACCUCCUCGGCCGUCUCCCUGCGCCGCGUGGCGCUCGAGGUGGCCGGCGAGGUGGGCGGGGGGCCUCCGGCCAGCAACGUGGAGCUGUGCAUGUGCCCGGCCAACUACCGUGGAGAUUCGUGCCAGGAGUGUGCCCCCGGCUAUUACCGAGACACCAAAGGUCUCUUCUUGGGUCGCUGUGUCCCCUGUCAGUGCCACGGCCACUCAGACCGCUGCCUCCCUGGCUCGGGCGUCUGCAUGGGCUGCCAGCACAACACCGAAGGUGACCACUGUGAGCAUUGCCUGGCCGGCUUCGUGCGCAGUGGGUCGGAGGACCCCACGGCCCCCUGUGUCAGCUGCCCCUGCCCCCUCUCGGUGCCUUCCAACAACUUUGCCGUGGGCUGUGUCCUGCGAGGGGGCCGCACACAGUGUCUCUGCAAACCCGGCUAUGCGGGUGCCUCCUGCGAGCGGUGCGCACCCGGCUUCUUCGGGAACCCGCUGGUGCUGGGCAGCUCCUGCCAGCCGUGCGACUGCAGCGGCAACGGUGACCCCAACCUGCUCUUCAGCGACUGCGACCCCCUGACCGGUGCCUGCCGCGGCUGCCUGCGCCACACCACGGGGCCCCGCUGCGAGAGCUGCGCCCCCGGCUUCUACGGCGACGCCCUGGUGCCGGGCAACUGCACCCGGUGUGACUGCGCGGCAUGCGGGACAGAGGCCUGCGACCCCCACACCGGACGCUGCGUGUGCAAGGCAGGAGUGACCGGGCCGCGCUGUGACCGCUGUCAGGAAGGAUACUUCGGCUUCCAGGACUGCGGGGGCUGCCGCCCGUGCGCCUGCGGACCAGCCGCCGAGGGCUCUGAGUGCCACCCCCAGAGUGGGCAGUGCCGCUGCCGGCCGGGGGCUGGAGGGCCUCAGUGCCGUGAGUGCGCCCCCGGCCACUGGGGGGUGCCCGAGCAGGGCUGCAGGCGCUGCCAGUGCCAGGGGGGCCACUGUGACGUGCACACAGGCCGCUGCACAUGCCCCCCUGGGCUCAGCGGGGACCGCUGUGACACCUGCAGCCAGCAACACCAGGUGCUGGUGCCAGACGGGCCCGGGGGCCAUGGUGUCCACUGUGAAGUGUGUGACCACUGUGUGGUCCUGCUCCUCGACGACCUGGAGCAGGUGGGCGCCCUCCUCCCUGCCAUCCGGGAGCAGUUGCACGGCGUCAACGCCAGCUCUGUCGCCUGGGCCCGGCUGCACAAGCUGAACGCCUCCAUUGCCACCUUGCAGAGGCAGCUCCAGAGCCCCCUGGGCAUCCGCCACGAGACAGCGCAGCAGCUAGAGGCCCUGGACCAACAGAGCUCGAGCCUCGGGCAGGAUGUGCAGAGGCUGGACAGCCAGGCCACGAGAGCCCUGGCCCAGGCCAGCCGGCUGCUGGACAGCACUGAGGCCUCGCUGGGCCGGGCACAGACGCUGCUGGUGGCCAUCCGGGCUGUGGACCGCGUCUUGAGUGAGCUCGAGUCCCAGACGGGCCUGCUGUUCCCGGCCAAUGCCUCCGCCCCGUCGGGCGAGCACGUGCGCCGGACCCUGGCCGAGGUGGAGCGGCUGCUGGGGGCGAUGCGGGCCCGAGACCUGGGAGCCCCGAGGGCCGCGGCUGAGGCCGAGCUGGAGGAGGCCCAGAGAUUGCUGGCCCGUGUGCAGGAGCAGCUGACCGGCCGCUGGGAGCAGAACCAGGCGCUGGCCACACGUGCCCGAGACCAGCUGGCCCAGCACGAGGCUGGCCUCAUGGACCUUCGAGGGGCCCUGAACCGGGCAGUGGGCACCACUCGGGAGGCUGAGGAGCUCAACAGCCGGAACCAGGAGCGCCUGGAGGACGUCCUGCGACGGAGGCAGGAGCUGUCCCGGGACAACACCACUGUGAGGGCCACUCUGCAGGCAGCCAGCGACAUCCUGGCCCGGCUGUCUGAGCUCCUGCGGGGUAUGGACCAGGCCAGGGAGGAGUAUGAGCACCUUGCUGCCAACCUGGACGGGGCCCGGACGCCACUGCUCGAGAAGAUGCGGGCCUUCUCCCCAGCAAGCAGCAAGGUGGACUUGGUGGAGGCCGCGGAGGCCCACGCGCAGCAGCUGCACCAGCUGGCCCUCAACCUGUCCAGCAUCAUCCGUGGCGUCAACCAGGACCGCUUCAUCCAGCGCGCCCUCGAGGCGGCGCACGCCUACGGCAGCAUUCUACAAGCUGUGCGGGCCGCCGAGGGCGCCGCCGGCCAGGCCCUGCAGCAGGCGAGCCACGCGUGGGCGGUGGUGGUGCAGCGGGGCCUGGCGCCCCGAGCCCGAGAGCUGCUGGCCAACAGCAGUGCCCUGGUGGAGGCCGCGCUCAGGGAGCAGCAGAGGCUGGGCCGCGCGUGGGCUACCCUCCAGGGCACUGGGACCCAGCUCCGAGACGCCCAGGCCAAGAAGGAGCAGCUGGCGGCCCGAGUGCAGGCGGUGCAGGCCAUGCUGGCCAUGGACACCGAUGAGACGAGCCAGAAGAUUGCUCACGCCAAAGCUGUGGCCGCCGAAGCCCAGGCCACGGCCGCCCGCGUGCAGUCUCGGAUUCAGGACAUGCAGAGGAACCUGGAGCAGUGGCAGGGCCAGUACGGAGGCCUGCGGAGCCAGGACGUGGGCCAGGCGGUGCUGGACGCAGGCCGCUCAGUGUCCACCCUGGAGAAGACGCUGCCUCAGCUGCUGGCCAAGCUGAGCCUCCUGGAAAACCGUGGGGUGCACAACGCCAGCCUGGCCCUGUCGGCCAGCAUCGGCCGAGUGCGGGAGCUCAUCGCGCAAGCCCGAGGAGCCGCCAGCAAGGUGAAGGUGUCCAUGAAGUUCAACGGGCGCUCAGGGGUGCAGCUGCGGGCCCCUCGGGACCUCUCCGACCUCGCCGCCUACACUGCUCUCAAGUUCUACCUCCAGAGCCCGGAGCAGGAGUCGGGCCGGGUCACCAGGGACCGCUUUGUGCUCUACAUGGGCAGCCGCCAGGCCGUCGGGGACUACAUGGGUGUGGCUCUGCGGAACCAGAAGGUGCAGUGGGUGUACCGCCUGGGGGAGGCGGGCCACGCCGUCCUCAGCAUCGACGAAGAUAUCGGGGAGCAGUUCGCAGCAAUUAGCAUUGACCGGACCCUCCAGUUUGGCCACAUGUCCAUCACGGUGGAGAAGCAGAUGCUCCAUGAGACCAAGGGUGACACGGUGGCCCCGGGGUCCGAGGGGCUGCUCAGCUUGCAGCCCGAUGACUUUGUCUUCUACGUGGGGGGCUACCCCAGCAACUUCACGCCCCCCGAGCCCCUCCGCCUCCCUGGCUACCUGGGUUGCAUUGAGAUGGACACGCUCAACGAGGAGGUGCUCAGCCUCUAUAACUUCGAGGACAUCUUCGAGCUGAACACGGCCGUGGACAGACCUUGUGCCCGCUCCAAGUCGACCGGGGACCCCUGGCUCACUGACGGCUCCUACCUGGACGGCUCCGGCUUCGCUCGCAUCAGCGUGGAGGCUCAGAUGGGCUCUUACAAACGCUUUGAGCAGGAGCUGCGCCUCGUGUCCUCCAGCGGCAUCAUCUUCUUCAUGCAGCACCAGGACCAGUUCCUGUGCCUGGCCGUGCAGAACGGCAGCCUCCUGCUCCUCUAUGACUUGGGCACCGGCCUGCAGAAGGCCUCCCCGCAGCACACGCAGCACGAGGAGGUGCAGAGACUGCUAGCCCUGGGCACGGCCAGCAAGGCGAUCCAGGUGUUCCUGCUGCGGGGCACUCAAAACCGCGUCAGCCGGGUGCUGGUGCGCGUGGAGAGGAUCAACGUGUUCAGUGUGGAGCACAACAGCACCCUGGAGCUGGCCGACUCCUACUACCUGGGGGGCGUGCCGCCCGACCAGCUGCCCCCGAGCCUGCGGCAGCUCUUCCCCUCCGGAGGCUCGAUCCGCGGCUGCGUCAAGGGCAUCAAGGCACAGGGCAAGUACGUGGAUCUCAAGAGGCUGAACACCACCGGCGUCAGCUCGGGCUGCACUGCCGACCUGCUGGUGGGACGGGCCAUGACUUUCCACGGCGACGGCUACCUGUCCCACGAGCUCCCCGACGUCCCGCCCGUCGUGACCCACAUCUACUCCGGCUUAGGCUUCCGCAGCACCCGGGACGACGGUCUGCUCUACCACCAAGCGCUCCUGGAGGGGCCAUGCCAGGUGUCCCUGCAGCAGGGCCGUGUGACGCUCCGGCUGGUGAGGACGGAGGUGAAAACUCAAGGGAGCUUUGCUGACGGCGCACCCCACUACGUGGCCUUCUACGGCAACGACACGGGGGUCUGGCUCUACGUGGACGACCAGCUGCAGCAGAUGAAGCCCCACCAGGGCCCGCCCCCCGGGCUGCAGCCUCAGCCCUCCCCUCGGCUCUAUCUGGGGGGCGGUUCCACAACCGGCGAUGCGGUCAGCUUCACUGGCUGCAUCCGCAACGUAUUCCUGCUGCGGCCGCUGGGGCCGCAGCGCGUGUUUGACCUGCAGCAGGGCUGGGACAACGUGAACGUGAGCUCAGGCUGCGCCCCUGCCCCACGCACCCAGCCCCAGGGGCAGGGGCCUCGAGGACUGCGGGCCGCCGUGGCCCAGAAGGCCGGCCGACACAGCCGCCAGCCCCCCCAGGACCCUGCGUGCUCAUCACCCUGGCCCCUCAGCGCCAUCCAAGACGCCUACCAGUUUGGGGGCCCCCUGUCUGGUCACCUGGAGUUCACCCGCGUGCCGGCCGCCCCCAGGAACGGGUCCCACGUGUCGAUGCUGGUGCGCCCCCACCUCCCACGAGGACUCCUGCUCCUCGCGGCCCCCCUCGCAGAUGGCAGCCCCUCCCUGGUCCUCUUCCUGAGCCACGGAUACUUUGUCGCGCAGACAGAAGGCCCCGGGCCCCAGCUCCGAGUGCGGAGCCGCCAGCGUUCACGGACUAACCGGUGGCACACGGUGUCUGUGCGGUGGGAGAAGACGCGGAUCCAGCUGACGAUCAAUGGGGUCUGGGCCCGGGACCAGGAGGGACCCGGCCAGCAGCACCAGGCGGCAGGGAGCCCCCGGCCCCACACUCUGUUCGUGGGGGGCCUCCCUGCCAGUGGCUUCAGCCCCAGGCUGCCAGUGGCCGUCGGCAGCUUCAGCGGCUGCGUGAGGAGACUGCGGCUGGACGGACAGCCCCUGGGGGCCCCCACAAGGGUGACGGGGGUCACGCCGUGCUUCUCAGGGCCCCUGGAGGAGGGCCUGUUCUUCGCGGACAGCGGGGGUGUCGUCACCCUAGACACGCUGGGGGCCGCUCUCGGGACCCUGGAGCUGGAGGUCCGGCCCCAGACAGCCAGCGGCCUGGUCUUCCACCUGGGCCGGGUGCAGGCACCGCCCUACCUGCAGCUGCAGGUGCUGGAGAAGCAGGUCCUGCUGCGGGCCGACGAUGGCGCAGGGGAGUUCUCCACGUGGGUGACGUGCCCUGCAGCCUUGUGUGAUGGGCAGUGGCACCGCCUGGAGGUGACCAGAAGCGGGAACGUGCUCCAGCUGAAGGUGGACACGCAGAGCAACCACACCGUGGGCCCCGCGCCAGCAGCCUCGGCGGACGCCAGACCACCCCUGCACCUCGGGGGCCUGCCUGGGCCCCUGAACGCACAGGCGGGGCCUCUAGCCUACCGCGGCUGCAUGAGGAACCUGGUGCUGAACCGGUCCCCCGUGACCUGGCCUCGCUCUGUGGGCGUCCAGGGGGCAGUGGGGGCCAGCGGCUGCCCCUCCAACCACGCAGCAGAGCGCCCAGGGGCCCCGGCUGGGCAUCCACUGGAGGGCCGCCCCGGGCAGGCCGGCUCCCACCUCUCGGGGCCUCCAGCCCCCUUCAGCUGAAGUCUGUGUCUAUUUAUCUGGACUCUAGAUUCUACAGGUGAUGAGUCUUCUUUCUGGAAAUGGUUUUUAUCAACCGGGUUUUUAAUAUUUUUUAUCUUUCAACUUCGUUAUGAGAUUCCCCCUCCAAUUUUUAAUAAUAUGAGAAUCUGCCCCGCUUCUAAAAAAUUAAAAAGUAACUUCUGUUUAA